UCAAUCUGUGACGUUUACAAAUCAGGUCUUACGAUCCGCGCCAUACGAAUGAUUAUUCUCUCUUCUAAAUUAAAUUUAUUUUGUAUAUUAAUUUCUAUUUUACAUUAAAUAAUUUUUCUUGUUUACAAGUAAAAAUCAUUUAAAAAUGAUACCUAACUAUAUCAGACAUAUAAGUGUCCAAACGUCGAAACGAAAUUUCGGCAGCUGGAAUGAGGUAGUAUCAUACUUCUUCAAUAAGAAAAACAAUUAUGCUACAGAAGCUUCAUUUGAAACAAAACCUUUUCGAUUACAUAAAUUGGAUAAUGGACCUUCGACUCAAGUUACUGUUACUAAAAAUGAAGCAAUAGAACUUUAUAAAAAAUUACAUACAAUCCGUCGUAUGGAAACAGCUGCUGGAAACUUGUAUAAAGAAAAAAUUGUCAGAGGCUUUUGUCAUUUAUAUUCUGGUCAAGAAGCUUGUGCUGUUGGUAUAAAAGCAGCUCUUCGACCACAAGAUUGUGUAAUCACAGCUUAUAGAGCUCAUGGAUGGACCUAUUUAAUGGGAAUAGAUCCAUUUGGUGUCUUGGCUGAAUUAACUGGUAAAAAAGGAGGAAAUGCAAAGGGUAAAGGUGGUUCUAUGCAUAUGUAUUCUGACAAUUUUUAUGGUGGAAAUGGUAUUGUUGGUGCCCAAGUGCCAUUGGGAGUAGGAAUUGCCUUCGCUCAUAAAUAUAAUAAUACUGGAGGAGUAUGUGUUACAUUAUAUGGAGAUGGUGCUGCUAAUCAAGGUCAAGUAUUUGAAGUAUACAACAUGGCUAAAUUAUGGGAUGUCCCUUGUAUUUUUGUUUGUGAAAACAAUGGAUAUGGCAUGGGUACUAGUGUUGAUCGUGCUUCUGCAAGUACUGAUUAUUAUACAAGAGGAGAUUAUAUUCCUGGAAUAUGGGUGGAUGGUAUGGAUGUACUAGCAGUUAAACAAGCUACUAAAUUUGCUAUUGACUAUUGUACAUCUGGAAAAGGUCCUAUUGUGUUAGAAACUGUAACAUAUAGAUAUAGUGGCCAUAGUAUGUCUGAUCCUGGAACAAGUUAUCGUACUAGGGAAGAAAUUCAAGAAGUAAGACAAACUAGAGAUCCUAUUACUGGUUUUAAGGAAAGAAUAUUGAAUGCUAAUCUUGUUACUCCAGAAGAAAUAAAGACAAUUGAGAAUGAAAUAAGGAAACAGGUAGAUGAUGCUGUAAAAGCUGCAAAAACAGAUACUGAAAUUCCAUUAAAUGAGUUGACUGCCGAUAUUUAUGCAAAUUGUGUAGAAAAAGAAAUUCGUAAUAUUACUCCAUUUAAUCCUUUACCACAUACAAGGCUAGGUCCAGCUGUUAAUUCCUAAGUUAAUCUUUAAAAAAUGAAUAUUAUUAUUAAAUCUUGUUUAUUAUUACACUGCCUGCCAUUAAUUAAUACAAAAAAUUUUUAGAGAAAAACUUUUAGAGAAAACUUUAUCUUUUAAAGUUGGGCAAAAAAAAUAAUAAACCAGAAUAUAUUUUCUUUUACCACUUUUGUUGUAUAUGUACAAAUUAUAUAUUUAUUUUAUUUAUAGAUAUAUAAUAUAAUAAAAAAAUUCUGUUUUAUUUAAUCAGUACAUAAUAAUAUUCAUAAUAUUUAUAUAUUAUUAUGAGUGACUUUAUAUGUACUUGUAAAUAAGGAUAAAAUUAAUGGAGUAAAAAUAGAUCAAACAAUUCAA